UGUUAACAGCUGUUGGUCUGUUUCGCCUCAAGUGGAAAUCAUGACCAAGUGGUUUCUUGUGGCGUUGCUUGCCUUGGUCGGAGCUCAGAGUCCACCAGACAAUCAGGUGGCGGAGCUGACGACAAGAGUGGAGCAGCUGACUGCCAGGGUGGCACAGCUGAAGAUGGAGAGAGAUGCUGCUCUAAACUUCUCCCUCGCCUGUGGGCAGUUUUCCGCCGAUGACAAUCUGCUGCAGCAGCUGACAACCAGGGUGGAGAAAUUAGAAAGAGAAAGAAAAUUAAGAGAGAAACCUCGGGUGGCGUUCUCCGCUGCACUUAUUGAUUCUCGCAACUGGACCAACUUUGGGCCUUAUGCUGAUGACGAAACCCUGAAAUUGAAAAAGGUGAUAGCCAACAUCGGCGAAGCAUACAACCCAGAAACAGGUUACUUCACAGCUCCUGUAAAAGGAGUCUACUACUUCCGGGUCACCGGGGUCGUUGGAAGCACCGGGACUCUAAACGCAGGAGUGAAGAGAAACCGUGUAAACCUGAUUGCAAUCCACCAUAAAGCUGGAACUGACGCCAGCGCCUCCAACGCCAUGGUCCUGGAGAUGGAGAAGGAUGAUUUUGUUUUCUUUCAAAUGUGGCGCCACGGCCUGUCCAUCGCGGAUCAGGGCGGAAUCACCACCUUCACGGGCUUCCUGGUCUCUCCCAUGUAAAUGGGGCCUAAAAGCAUCCCAACGCUGCUCGACUUAUGCAAAACCAAUGAAAUGUGUACCCCCAUCUUGAUCCAAAAUGAAUAGUAAAAAUCCUUGUCGUACAAAGCCGGGUUUUUACUUCUUAAGACCCAAACUGUCUCACAAAAUGUAAAAGGAGAAGCUAAUGUUUUUAACCUAACACAUUGUAAUAAAACAUCUGGGCAAUGUUAAGGAAUAUAAAGGAAAACAUAGCA